AUGUCGCUGAUUCCUAGCUUCUUCGGUAAUUCUCGAAGCAGCAUUUUCGAUCCCUCUUGGGAUCCAUUCAAGGACUUUCCUUUCUCUUCAUCUUUAUCGUCAGUCUCCUCUCAUUUCCCUCAAGAAACCUCUGCAUUUGUCAACACGCGUGUCGACUGGAAGGAAACCCCAGAAGCCCAUGUAUUCAAGGCUGAUCUUCCAGGCUUGAAGAAAGAGGAAGUGAAGUUGGAGAUUGAAGACGACAGGGUGCUUCAAAUAAGUGGACAGAGGGAAAUAGAGAAGGAAGACAAGAACGACACAUGGCACCGUGUGGAACGUAGCAGUGGCAAGUUCUCGAGGAGGUUCAGGUUGCCGGAGAAUGCAAAGAUGGAUCAAAUUAAGGCUUCAAUGGAGAAUGGAGUUCUUACAGUCACUGUUCCUAAAGUGGAGAUGAAGAAGCCUAAUAUGAAGGCUAUUGAGAUUUCCGGUUAAAAGGUUAAAGAAAAAUAG